GCGCAGACGGAGUCGGACAUCUACUGGAAAGACUACUUGAGAUAGUUCAAUAACAAAUCGAGAGGAACAGGGAACUGCCCUGAUCUUCCGUGUUAUUCCGCUGCUGUAGAAGACAAAUCAAACAAAACAGCGGAUUCUUGCUUUAACCGUGCUUGGAUAACGUUUAGGGGGAGUCACAGAGUCGCAGAAAUGAGUCAGUGGUUGGAACUUCAACAACUGGAUUCAACGUUUUUGGAACAGGUCGACCAACUGUACGAUGACAGCUUUCCAAUGGCCAUCCGGCAGUACCUCAGCAGCUGGAUAGAAAGCCAUGACUGGGACCAUGUCGCUAAUGUGGAGAAUGAGUCUCUUGCCACCGUGAGGUUUCAUGAUCUUUUGACCCAGUUGGAUCAUCAACACAGCCGCUUCGCGAUGGAGAAAGACUUCCUGAACCAGCACAACAUCCGCAAAAUCAAAAGGAACUUGCAGAGCCUCUUCCAAGACAAUCCUGUUUCCAUGGCCAUGAUCAUCAGUAGGAACCUUAGUGAAGAAAGGAAGAUUCUGGCCGCUGCGCAAGUGUCAGAGAAUCGAACCGAGAACACCCAAAACGACAUGAUCGUGGAGAAACAUCGAGAAAUGGACGGAAGGGUGAAAGAUAUAAAAAAUAAAGUACAGGACAUAGAGCAGAUUAUCAAAAAUCUAGAAGACCUGCAAGACGAAUACGACUUCAAGAGCAAAACUCAUCAAAGCAGAGAGGAACUGAACGGGACCAUUUCAAAGGAAGACUUGAACCGGGAGAGACUGAUUAUACGUGCCAUGUUUAUGAAACUCAACGAAACAAGAACAAACGUGAUCAGUCAGAUGUCAGAAGUGUUGAACAUUAUGGAUCCGGUGAUCUAUGAGCUAAUCUCAACAGAACUGGCUGAAUGGAGGCGUCGUCAACAGAUGGCUUGCAUCGGUAGAGUAACCAAUGUCUGCUUGGACCAGCUGCAGAACUGGUUUACUUCUCUAGCAGAAUCUCUGCUUCAGCUCAGGCAGCAGCUCAAUAAACUUCAGGAGCUGGAGCAGAAAUUCACUUACAACAACGAUCCCAUCACGCUCAGCAGAAGCACUCUGGAGGACCGGAUCAUGUUAAACCUCAAAAAUCUCAUCACAAACUCUUUGGUAGUCGAGCGACAGCCAUGCAUGCCGACCCAACUGCAAAGACCUCUUGUGCUCAAGACAGGCGUUCUGUUCACCCUAAAAUUACGGCUGCUCAUAAAACUUCAGGAAUUUAACCACACUGUUCGGGUGAAGGUGCAAUUCGACAAGGACAUCGUUGAGAAACGGAAAGGGUUUCGCAUGUUCAACAUCUUGGGAACGGCCAUGAAGGUGAUGAACAUGGAGGAAUCCAAUGGGAUGGCAGCAGAAUUCCGUCAUCUGCAACUGAAAGAGAAGAAGAUUACCGGAAACAGAACAAGUGAGGGCCCUCUGAUCGUCACAGAGGAGCUUCACUCCAUCACCUUUGAGGCUGAGCUCUGCUGGUCUGGAAUAGUCCUGAAAUUUGAGACCACGUCUCUGCCCAUAGUCGUGAUCUCCAACGUCAGUCAGUUACCCAGUGGAUGGGCCUCCAUCAUGUGGUACAACAUGCUGACCUCUGAGCCAAAGAACCUUUCUUUCUUCGUGACUCCUCCUUCAGCCACGUGGGGGAAUCUAGCGGAGGUGCUGAGCUGGCAGUUCUCCUCCAUCACCAAAAGAGGGCUUAAUCAAGAACAGUUAAGCAUGCUGGGUACUAAACUCCUGGGUCCUAAAGUGCCGAUGGAUCCUGAAGCUCAGAUUCCUUGGAACAGAUUCUGCAAGUCUGGCAGUGAGAAGAACUUCACCUUCUGGCUGUGGAUCGAAGGAAUUCUGGACCUUAUAAAGAGACACUUGCUGAGUCUGUGGGACGAUGGCUGCAUAAUGGGGUUUGUGACCAAGGACCAGACUAAAGCUCUCCUCUAUGACAAACAUUCCGGGACGUUUCUGUUGCGCUUCAGCGAGAGCAAUCGCGAUGGAGCCAUUACGUUCAGCUGGGUUGAACACGACGCAAACAAUGAGCCACAGAUUCGCUCCGUGGAGCCCUACACAAAGAAGGAACUCUCUGCCGUCUCACUUCCUGACAUCAUUCGAAACUAUCGCGUGAUGGCCACUGACAACGUCCCGGAAAACCCCCUGCGCUUCCUGUUUCCCAAUGUACCCAAAGAUGAUGCCUUCAAAAAAUACUACUCCAAACCUACCGACAAGGAAGAACCAAUGGAUGUGGAUAAGAAGUCAGACGAGGGAUACAUCAGAACCACUCUCAUCUCCAUCUCUGAAAUGCAGCCGCAAGAGUUUAACACCACACUCAUGCCGAUGUCUCCUGAGGUUUAUGGCGAGCUGGAGCGCAUGACCCGAUUCGAUACAUUAGGUUUUGAGCCCUCAGACUUAAGUCUCACUUAAGUGACCUGAAAGCACAGAUGAUGCAGUAGAAAUGUUUCCUGUGGAUUUUUCUUGUAAUAACGUAAACAAAAGAGAAAUAUCUUGUCGAGGUACAGCCACUGGUUUUGGUAUUCCUCUCUUUCUCAUUCUAACGUUACUAGAAAGACACUGCAAUAGCAUAAAGACAACCAAACAAAUCGAAUUAACCCCUUAGUAACGCUACUGUUACCUCAGCACUUAUUCUAUAAACCGUUUUAGACAGUGAAGUUGUGUAUGAAAGUACUUCGUUGAGUAUAGCACUUCAUUUUCUUAAAUGCCAAGUAACUGGUGGUUGAGGAGAUUCCCCCUUCUUAUGUAAAGCGUUUUAUAAAUGUAAGGAAUUAUUUUUACUAAUUAAUUGUUAACAGAAAAGGGUGAAGAAAGUGAAUGAAAAAGCUGAAUAGAUGAUUUUCACACAAACUUAUUUUCUGUAAAUAAAAUGAAACCUGAUUUUAGGACGGUUUCAUUUAUUUCACAUUUUCUUUACUGUAAUGCAAACAAAUAUUUCAUUUCAAUUAAUGUGAAUAAAACUAUUUUAAUGUGAAAAUAUUUACACAACUGCAUUUUAUGUCGUACCACCUUUAAUUUUUUUAUUAUUCAAAUCUGAAUAAAUUAUGGUAUUAAAGGAAUUUGACUGUAAUAAUAAUAAAAAUUAUUACAGUUAUAAAAUAUGAAAAUAAUGGGAAUGAACAUGUACACGUUAUUGUAAAUGGGAUAAGAAAUGUGCUGAACUGUCAUAAAAAAAAAAGUAAAAAUCAAAAAUGUAAACAAAAAUGGGCCUAAAAUAGGCCCUUUUCUCUUUAAGCAAGUUUAAGAUCCUUAGUUUAAGUUUCCUUUCUUUGGUUUUGCGGUAAAAUACCCCAAAGAUUCAUCCAGAAAGAACCAUGAAAUACAGGAGUUCAGUUCUGAUGAAACCUUUUAAGCUGUUAGGUUUUUACUUUCCGAACACCGUUUCUAAAUAUGUGAAAAAGAAAAAAAACUAUAUGACCUGUUUCCUUAACCUGCUGGUGCUCUAUUUAGUAUUACGUCCACUUCAUGUACUUUGUUGUUUAUUUCACUGGAUUGUACUGCUAUGUUUAUUCACAGAGCAAUAUUUGUUUAUGUCUUAUUUGUUUUGGACAUGAUAGAAAGUAAUUAAAAUGGGAAUCCACCUUG